CGCGAGUGCAUCAGUAUCCAUGUUGGUCAAGCCGGUGUCCAGAUGGGCAACGCCUGCUGGGAGUUGUAUUGCCUUGAGCAUGGUAUCCAACCGGAUGGUCAGAUGCCGUCUGAUAAGACCAUUGGAGGGGGAGACGACUCCUUCAAUACUUUCUUUAGCGAGACUGGAGCUGGUAAACACGUCCCCAGGGCUGUGUUUGUGGAUCUCGAGCCCACAGUCGUUGAUGAGGUAAGAACUGGAACAUACCGCCAGCUUUUCCAUCCCGAGCAGCUGAUCACUGGCAAGGAGGACGCCGCUAACAACUACGCUCGUGGUCACUAUACUGUAGGCAAGGAGCUCAUCGACCUCGUUCUUGACCGCAUCAGAAAACUCGCUGACCAGUGCACCGGUCUACAAGGCUUUCUUAUUUUCCAUAGCUUCGGAGGUGGCACCGGGUCCGGAUUUUCUUCUUUGCUGAUGGAACGUCUGAGCGUUGAUUAUGGAAAGAAAUCUAAGCUUGAAUUCGCCAUAUACCCUGCGCCACAGAUUUCUACCGCGGUAGUGGAACCCUACAAUGCCAUUCUCACCACCCACACUACCCUUGAACACUCAGACUGUGCUUUUAUGGUCGACAACGAGGCUAUCUAUGAUAUUUGCCGCCGUAAUCUGGACAUAGAGCGCCCAACCUACACCAAUCUGAACCGCCUGAUAGGGCAGAUUGUCAGCUCCAUCACCGCCUCCCUUCGUUUUGACGGUGCUUUGAACGUUGACCUGACAGAGUUUCAGACUAACCUGGUACCUUAUCCACGCAUCCACUUCCCGCUGGCAACCUACGCGCCAGUCAUUUCCGCCGAGAAAGCCUACCACGAGCAACUCACAGUCGCGGAAAUCACCAAUGCCUGUUUUGAACCAGCGAACCAGAUGGUAAAAUGCGAUCCACGACACGGAAAAUACAUGGCCUGUUGCCUUCUCUACAGAGGUGACGUCGUGCCAAAGGAUGUCAACGCUGCAAUUGCUACCAUCAAGACCAAGAGGACCAUCCAAUUCGUUGACUGGUGUCCCACUGGUUUCAAGGUCGGCAUCAACUACCAGCCACCCACCGUUGUGCCAGGAGGUGAUCUGGCUAAGGUCCAGCGUGCAACUUGCAUGCUUAGUAAUACGACAGCUAUCGCUGAGGCCUGGGCUCGACUUGACCACAAAUUUGAUCUGAUGUACGCCAAGCGUGCCUUUGUCCACUGGUACGUGGGAGAGGGUAUGGAGGAGGGAGAGUUCUCGGAGGCUCGUGAAGACUUGGCAGCUCUAGAAAAGGACUAUGAAGAAGUGGGAGUUGAUUCGGCGGAAGGUCAAGAAGAAGAGGAAGGCGAUGAAUAUUAG